GUUUUUUUUCCCUCAAGGUCUGGUUAAGAGGCCCAGGCAGAAUCUGAAGACUUUUUUGCAUGUUCUGUACUGAUUUUAAGGGGCGAAAUCUGCAGAAUUCUGCGUAUUUAUUCAUGCCUGCAUAUAGAUCCUACAUCUCCCGUCUCAUCUCAGCAACUGCUCGUGACAGAAGAACUAACCCACAUGGAUCUAGCGGCUGUCCGAAUCCUGCUACACAAGCAAGGGGACCGUCCAUUUGAGGAUCAUGUCUGUGAGUUUUUAGAAUUAGCGAAUUUAGUGCACUAUCCAGACUGCUCUCUGGUGGUUUUCUUCCGGACCAGUCUGAAUGGUGCACUGAAGGAACUGAUGCCUCCGGCUGAUCCUCACUGGACCCUCUGUGAAUAUGUGGAGAAGGCUCUGGAACGUUGCGGUUGCCGUUACACGGUGGAUUAUGGCGGGAACCCCGGGCCAAAACUUGCAUCCACGGCUCCGCCUGCUCCUCCAGAGAGUCUUCCAGUGGCUCCGCCCGCCCCUCCUCCAGCAUCUCCGCCGACUGACCCAGUCCCAGCCCUGUGGCUGCCUCCUGUCCCCACCCUGUGGCCACCUCCCAGGCCUCCUGACCCAGUCCCGGCCCUGAGGCGGCCCCCCCCAGACCUCCGAACCCAAUCCUUACCCUGGGGUCUCCUCCCUGGCCACCUGGUCAUCUUCUGGGUCUCCUUCCUCACCUGUAUCUUCCUGCCCUCCUCAGCCAUCUUUGGGGCACCAGGAGUCACCCCUUAA